AGUACUUCUAUCUCCGAAUUUGGUUUGUGGAGUGGGGGCAGGAUCCCCAUCUUCUGGCCCUAACCUUGAAAUAAGCUGACCCGGCUUCAGUCGCCCACUGGAGCCGCCCGCGGGAAGUGCGGGUGGGUGAGGCAGCGCGGUGCUCCGUCCCGUUUCUCGGCAGCCGGGCCGGGAGGGGCAGAAAGUUCCAACAGCCGGGGGGCUUGGAGCCGAGCCCUACGCCCCACCCAGGCUGCGGCCGCGGGGGAGGAAGCGCGUAGAGGUGGAGUGCAAAGUUUCCUUUUUUUGCUUUUUCGUCAGAGCCGCCCCAGAGGCGGUGGGUGGGAAUGCCUGACCUGAGUGUGUAGGGCGUCCGGAGCUAGAGGGGUUAAAACGCUUCCCACCUCCCUAAAACGCACACCCCGCUAGCCCGCCAUGGGCAGCCGCGACCACCUGUUCAAAGUGCUGGUGGUGGGGGACGCCGCAGUGGGCAAGACGUCGCUGGUCCAGAGAUACUCCCAGGACAGCUUCAGCAAACACUACAAGUCCACGGUGGGAGUGGAUUUUGCUCUGAAGGUUCUUCAGUGGUCUGACUCGGAGAUGGUACGGCUCCAGCUGUGGGAUAUUGCAGGACAGGAGCGCUUCACCUCUAUGACACGACUAUACUAUCGGGAUGCCUCUGCUUGUGUUAUUAUGUUUGAUGUUACCAACGCCACUACAUUUAGCAACAGCCAGAGGUGGAAACAGGACCUGGACAGCAAGCUCACACUGCCCAGUGGAGAGCCCGUGCCCUGCCUGCUCCUGGCCAACAAGUGUGAUCUGUCCCCUUGGGCAGUGAGCCGGGACCAGAUUGACCGGUUCAGUAAAGAGAAUGGUUUCACAGGUUGGACGGAAACAUCAGUCAAGGAGAACAAAAACAUUAAUGAGGCCAUGAGAGUCCUCAUUGAAAAGAUGAUGAAUAAUUCCAGAGAAGACGUCAUAUCGUUGUCCACCCAAGGGGACUAUAUCAAUCUACAAACCAAGGCCUCCUCCAGCUGGGCCUGUUGCUAGUAGUGUUUGACUUGUUUUUCAUUCCAGUUUAAGGAGAUCUUUUCAACUCUUCCCUUUGGAUGCUCACCAAGCAGUUUUAUUAGGUACAUUUGAAUGUGCCUUGAAACCAUCAGUCGGCUUGUAUAGCAGCUGUCCAGUAAGGAGGCCCAUCAUCAUUUUAAGAAGACACCUGGGACCCAUGUGCAUUUCUGGAUCUCCUGAAAUUAUCUUAGCCUUGCUCCUGCCUCACAUGAUUGGGUUAGUGCCUUCUGAUUAAGGAGGAUCAUCUCAUAUCCAAUUCGUUAUAUGGAAUUUUGUGGGAAGGGUUAGAAAUCACCAUCUGUGUUUUAAACGUCAUAAUUCUCAGCUGCUUUGACCUGAUUUUUCCAUUUGAUGGAUGUUAAUAUCAUGACUUCAGAUUGAGGGGGUGGGGAUCAAGUGUCAUUUCCCAAAUUCUAGGUCAUUGCUUGCAGAUACUUUCUGUCUUGGAUUUUGAAUUUAAACAUCAGAUUCCAGGAUGUAGAAGGAGAGGCCUGGACAUCUGUGGCUAAAGUCAUAAUUUGCUUCCUCUUGUCUUGGCUUCAAGAAUAGUCCGGCUUUUAAACUACCUAUGUUGUAUGACGAGAGCAUUUCUUUCCACAAGGAAAGAACUCUGCCAGUGGUGUGGGGCUGGGUUUGCAGGUAUCUGGGUUGAUGUGCUUGAUGCGUAGUGCCAUACGUGGCAUCACUUGGCUGUGGGCUCUGAGAUAGAUCUGUUCCUGGCAGCUCUCAGAAUUGAAUGGAAGAGGAAGAGGGAGAAGUUAACAGAACUGAAUCCUUGCUUAGGAGCACUACCAGCAGUUAGUAUUUAACAGCCAUAGGAAACAAAUACUGUGUACAGCCUAGCCUGGGGAUGGAGAAUGGAUAGAUAGAAAAUCAUUAGGUAAUUUAAAGGCUAAAUUAGGCAGGGUUUUGAGUAUCAGAUCACUUCCAGGCAAUUUAAUUUGUAAAAUUCUCUGUAGGAUGAUGAUUUAUAACCUACCCAAAGUUAUGAACAUUCUUAGUGAACUUGGAGGCCUAAGGUUCUUUGAUAGGCCUUAGAUAAGUGUCCUGAGUCAGUGGUUCCCAAAUAUAGCUGAUCAGAACCACUUGGGAAAUUCGUAAAAAGAUAAUUUUUAAAUAAAAUAUUUUAAGAUUUCUGGGCCUGUCUUAAUUAUCUAGUGUUGCCGUAACAGAAAUACAACAAAGUGGAUGGCUUUAACAAAGAGAAAUUUAUUCUGUCUCAGUCUAGUAGGCUACGAGUCCAAAUUCAGGGCAUCAGCUCCAGGGGAAGGCUUUCUCUCUCCGUUAGCUCUGGAGGAAGGUCCUUGUCAUCAGUUUUCCCCUGGUAGAGGAGCUUCUCGUCACAGGUACCCUGGGUCCAAAGGACGCGCAAUUCUCCUGGGUCUUGUUUCUUGGUGGUAUGAGGUUUCCAUGUCUUUCUGUUUACUUUUCUCUUUUAUAUCUCAAAAGAGAAUGGCUUAAGACACUACCUAAUCUUGUAGAUUAAGUCCUGCCUCAGUAACAUAACUGCCACUAAUCCCAUCUCAUCAACAUCGUAGAGUUAGGAUUUACAACACGUAGGAAAAUCACAUCAGAUGACAAAAUGGUGGACAGUCACACAAUACUGGGAAUGGUGGCCUAGCCAAGUUGACAGAUAUUUUUGAGGGACACAAUUGAGUCUAUGACAGGGUCUGAACCUCAAACCUACAGAAUCAAAAUGUCCAGGGGUGAAGCCCUGGAGUUUGUUUUGUUUUCAAAGCGCCCUGGGUGGUUUUCAUCGGCCUGGGUUGCAAACCAUUGCUGGGGAACUGAAAUGAGCCUGGGCAUCUGUAUUCUCUUAGUUCUCCAGGUGCUUCUGAUACACACCAGACUUUGAAACCCACUGUACUGAGAGAAAGAUCAAAGGCCAAACAUCAGAAAGAAAAUGGGGGCCAACCUGUCAAUGUUAUUGGGUAUUUUAAAAAAUGCCAGUUACUGCUACUUUUGCACAGUCUUUUGAGACCUUAACGUUCCCGUUUGUAUUACUGUUUUUAAGUAGGGUUUUGAUUGCGAUGAUUCUGAAGAUAAUAGUAACAAAUUCCCUUUAUGUGGGAGAAAACUGGUUUUUAUUCACUAGUUUGAACCCGUGCAAAAUCACAAAUAAAUUGAAAAUUAAGUCUUGUGUUCAUGGUAGUUAUUGGUCUUUAAGUUAGUUUGUUGAAGUAGUUUUAUACUGAUAGCGCAAGAGUAUUGUGGAAAUGGAGCUUAAAAAAACACCUUCUUUUAAAAAUGAAGUAUUCUGUUUACCUGUUAAUGUACUAGUACCAAUUGCCUAGAUCCUGUUGCCUAGUACUAACUCAGUACUUGAUAUAACAUCCCAAAUACUGCUUAGAAAUGUGACCAUUUUAAUAAAUUGAAUUUGCUUUCUGUUCCCAUUUGCCAGCUCAGGAUUUACCUGCCUUUUCAUGCAUCGUUAGAGGCUGGCUGUCAGCUCUUCUGGAUUUUCUCUGCCAGUUGGUGAACAUUACGGGCCUGAAACUAAUUAAAGAAGGAAUGAAAAUAUAACUAAUUCCUCUCUAUCCCCCAUCCAUAAAGAAAAGAGAAAGCAAUUAGGAUAAGGAAGAAAUCUUUACAGGAUUAGAAAUGUGAUUAUACUAAAAAUAAUUAAGCCCUACUACCUCUUUGGUGAAACUGUUUGGAGCAGGGAUAUUGUUGUAACCCUUCCCUAGAGAAGUUUUUGUAUUUAGGACAAGGUGCUCCACUAACCACUCAGGUGGUCUCUGGCCAAAAAGAAAACACAUAUUCCCAGCAGAGUGCUCUGAGAGACCUGAGAAAGGGCUGUAAACAGAGCUGUGGGCUUGUGACUGCCCUGGUUUCUACUUUGAACAGAAUUGUGGAGCGACCAAAUAAGCAGGGGCAAGAGAUGCAGAUGCAGGGAAGCCCCCUGAGCAGGAAGUAACGAUUUGCUGUUUCAUCAGUACUCAUGGGCCAAAAUUAUUCCAAGAUGAUUUCCCUAAUACACUUCCUUAGCUAUUGCUAAGGUGUGAUUGGGUUCUUCAUUGUGAGUGUGUAUGUGCAUAUGUGGUAAAAAUAUAUGUAACAAAACAUUCGCCAGUUUAACAAUAUUUACACGAAAAAUUCCCUGGCAUUGAUUAUGUUCAUCAGGUUGUGUAACCUUUACCACUAUCUUUUUCCAAAUUAUUCCACCACCAUCGACAGAAACGUAGUGGCUCCUAAGCAAUGACUCCCCCUUCGCCGUUUCCUCCCACCCAUUUGGUCUCUAUCUUUGCCUAUUUUAUAUAAGUGGAAUCAUACAAUAUUUGUCCUUUUGUGACUAACUGAUUUCACUCAGCAUCAUGUUUUUAAGAUUGUUCCAUGUUGUAGCAUAUACCAGGACUUCAUUUCUCUUUGUGGCUGAGUAACAUUCCACUGUAUGUAUUUUCCAUGUUUAUCCGUUCUUCUGUUGAUGGACAUUUAGGGUGUUUCCACCUUUUCACAGUUGUGAAUAGUGCUGCAGUGAACAUUGGUGUAUGUGUUCCUGUUUGUGUUUCUGCUUUCAGUUCUUUUGGGUGUAUACAUAGAAUUGGGAUUGCUGGGUCACAUAAUAGUUCUAUGAGUUCUUCAUUUUUUCUUACUAUCGCCAGAUUUAACUUUUCCUUAGGUGGUCUAUAUUCUGUCCUCAGAUGAGGCUUUUCCUCCUGGCCCUUCUGUAGGCAGUGGCCUUAUUGCAGGGCAUCAUCGAAGGUCGUGGUCAGAGGAUAUAGCAAUCUCCAUGGUAUUCUAUAAAAUCCAGUGACCAGAUUGCCCGAGGAAACAGACCUUAGUGCCCUUUUUUUCCUCCACCCCUUUUUGUUCACUAUGUAUAAAAAGAUUCCUCAGCAGUGUAAGUGACUCAUCUAUUAAAGUCAAAUAACCCCCAAAGCUGUAAGUUGGAAUAGGUAGGAAGCUAGUAGAAAAUGGUGUGUGUUGGAAGGAAUUCUACAUGAAUUUUUGAUUCAGAAGUAAACACCAGAAACUGAAAAUGUAUCUACAUACGACCUUUGUGGUUGUUAGAAAAAUCUUGCUUUUCUUUGGCUUUCUAACAUGAUCUGAAUUCUCUUAAAUUUGACCUUAGGGUUUCAGUAUAAUAAUGCUAUUGCCCUUAACAGCCCUCUACUGUAUAAUGGGUCUAUUUUAAUACCUCUUCUUCAGAUCUCCUUUGAUUCACAUUCAAAAUCCAUCUGAUUGGGAACUAAUAACAUGCUAAUGGGAAUAAAGACGAGAAAGUGAAUAGGAAGAGGAGGGAAAUGAGAUGGCUUUUUUGCAGGACACCCUAGUCCCACUACAUACCAAGAUCUGAUUUUAUAGAGAACUCUUCUCUCAGAUCUGUGAGUUGUAUGGGGCUCUUACGCUAGCUUUUAAAUAAGAAGGCAAAGAAACAGUUCUUCCCAUUUUAUGUUUGAGAGAAUAAAUGUCUCAAAAUUUGACUGACGGAAAGGCAGUGGUUGAAUUUGUAGCAGAGCCAAGGCAUAACUGCAAGGCUUCUAAUUCCCUGUCUCCUUUCUGUCAUUUAGGAUUCUGGAAAACAUUUGGCCUGAAAAACCUAUUUUAGAAAAUAAGCCAGACAUUCAGAGACGUAGAACUGACCCCCUUUUUUGGGUUGAAACUCUUGAUUCGUGUUAAAUAGCUUUCGAGGUCAUGUUCAUGAGUGGAAUAGAGAUGUGGAAUUAAAGUUUGGGCCAAAUUAGGUAUAUUGUAAAGAGCAUACAGGGCAGACAUAUCCUAAAAUGUUUCAUUGGUGACUUUUGCUUACUAAGAUAGGUCACCUAGGUACAGUGACUUUCAUUUAAUUUUGAAUAUCAACUUAUUUUCAAAUGCAGGGGUUUUGAUAGCCAUUCUGUUUUCAACAGUUGCUGCCAGUACCUAACAUUUGCAUGCUGAUUAUAGGCCAAGUACUCUCCUAAGCAUUUUACUGGAUCAUUUUACUUUCACAAUGACCUAUUGAGAUAAAUAUAUGAGGAAACUGAGGCAAAAAAAAAAUUAAGAUGAGGUUAGACAGCUGGCAGGUGACAAAGCUGAGAUUUUUAACUUUAAGCAGUGACUCCAGAAACACUACACUGCCUCCCAUUUUGGAUGUGUAUGUUUUGGGGGUGGCAUCCUUGAAGUUUCUCCAUAUAACAAGUUUUCAGUAUGGUGGAAACAGUAACUUAUUAAAUGGCUAUAAAGAUUUUUAGGAAAGUGGGGAAAAGAAAAAUCCAAAUCACUCAUAGUCACACAAUCCAAACAAAGCCUCUGUUUCCAUUUUGAUAAAUUUGUUUUCAGCCAUUAUUUUUA